UGAGGCAGGGCUUCCUCAGCCAUGGUGGAUUUUCUCCACGAGUGACGGGGAUUCAUGGGACAGUUUUGAGCAGGGCUUGACUGUGUUCAGCAGCCCCGUGCUCCCUCAUCUCUCCUCUGUCCCCAGGCCAGAGCACUAUGGAGAGUGGACAGAGGGUGCCCCGAAAGGGCCGGAAGCUAGGCUCCAGCCGCCGGCGGCAGAUGCGAGAAACAGCUGAUGGCGAGGAUGCCCCUGUGGCCCCAGGGCCAGGGUCCUGGUCCUCCCAGGCAGCAGCAGAGCUACAGGACUUCUUCCAGGACUGUGGUGCCAAGGAGAGGGGCUUUGUCACUCGAGAGGACCUGGCGGUGGCCAAGUUCAGCUUCCUGGGCAGGGAGGAGGAACUGGAGAUGAUCUUUGACUGGGUGGAUAUGGAGCGGAAGGGACAUCUCUCCCUUGAAGAAUUCAGCUCUGGGCUCAAGAACAUCUUUGGCUCCAGCUCGAGCACCCACAGGCUACACAGACAGAGGCCACUUCCUUCCAAGCGAGAAUCUGUAGCCACCAGCUUCCCAGUGCUGGAGGAGGCUGAUGCUGCGGAGAAGGAGGCAUUCUCUGCUUUCAUGGAGCAGCUGGGGGCCAGCCACUUACUUCCUGAGCAGGCGGAAAUCUGGCAGCUGUGGAGGAAGCUGCGACAGGAGGAGCCCCAGCUGGCGGGCAACCUGGAGGGCUUUCUAGCCAAGAUGACCGGCCGCCUGCAGGAGGCACGGGCUGACAAGGAGGUUCUGGAACUGACCCUGAGGAAGCGGGACUCUGACCACCAUCGCGAGGUUCAGCAACUCUACGAGGAAAUGGAGCAGCAGAUCCAGUGGGAGAAGCAGCAGCUGCAGGCUGAGAGUGACUCCCGGGGCCUGGCCCUCAGCUCCCAGAUGCAGGAGGUACUGGAGGCCAAAGAACGUGAGGUGCAGCGGCUGACUGAGGGCCAGAAGGAGCUGGAGGCCCAGCUCCACCGCCUCAGCAGCACACACCAGGAGGCCAGCUCGGAGAACCAGCAGCUUCGGGAGGCCGAGCGUGACCUGGCUGGGCAGCUGGAGGAGGUGCGGGGAAAGCUGCAGGUGACCAGGGGGCACCUGAAUGCUGCCAGGGGCCGUGUGUCCUGGCAGAUGGAGGAGGAACCGAGUAUCCCCAGAGCAGGUGAGGAGAAGGCUUCAGACCCUCAGGCAGUCUCUUCUGAGGAGGCUCCCCUGCCGGGACUGUUUGGGGACAACGAUGACUGGGACCAGCUCCUGAGCAGCAUCAGCAGCACCCCCUACAGAGCCCUGCAGAUCUCCUGGAGCCCACCCCCAACCCCGAGAGCCCCCUCAGGCCCCCAGACACCCCGAGUGGUCAGGCAGAUCUCUAUCUCGGAGCCACGUGCUUUUCUGUUUGGUCAGGAGCCACCUUCAGAUCCAGAUGGGGCUCCAAGGAGCCCCCCUGGAGUGACUUCCCGGACCAAGGAAGGGAAAGCAGGGGAUCCAGAUGGGCAGGACAUCAGCCCAGGGCAGGACAUCAGCCUGGAACCCAAGGAGGAGUCAGGACCUGGGCCUGGGGUCCACUUCCACUGGGGUCUCCCAGGAGCCCCAACUGGAGAGUCAGGGAGCCUGGUGGCAACUGCGCUUAAAGUGCUUAUUCCUUUGGAGGAUAGGCCCCCUCCUCCUGUGACCUCUCCCCCUCCCCAGGCCCCAUCUGGGCCCAGAGAACAGUUCCAGGCCUUAUACCCAGGCGAUGAGGGUCCUGAGCUUGGGCCUGUCCCAGCCAAGCUGCCCAGGCAAAGAGAGGCCCUCCAUCAGGACCCACACGCCACUGGCUCUGAGCCAGGACAUGGGUCCCCAGGAGCUGGAGCCCUCAUAGCAGGUCUGGCUGAACCCUCCCAGGGUCUGGAGCCUGUAGGUCAGACUCCCACAGAGAGAUUGGAGCAGAGCAAGCCAGGCCCAGAUGUGCAGGAGAGCCGUCCUGGGGGGCUACAAGGAGCUCAUGGCCAGAUCCUUGGGCCAGAAGGGCUGCCUGCCCUUGCCCACCAGGGUCUGGAAGAGGAGUCCAGGGUGGAAGAAAGUAAAGGAGUGGACCGAGGAGGGCAGGAUCUCAGUUCAGAGCUAUCCACUGAGGCUCUUGGCUUGAAAACUGGGCGUUCAGAACUCCCCCAGCAAGACUUCCUGCCUGCUUCCCUCCCACAUGACCCAGCACAGGCUCAGGCCGAAGCAGAAACCCCUGCUCCUGGAAAACCAUCACCUACAAGGGACUCUCCCUGCAUUGGGGCUCAGCCUGGGGAUGGAGCAGAGCCCUGGGAGCCCACACAAACCCUCCCAACCAGGGCUGAACUGGAAGCCCAACCCAGGCCCCCACCCACAACUGCUCACGCAGAAGAACAAGGUCCCCCUCAAUCCAGAGAGCCGAGGGCAGAGAACUGGCCUAAAGACCCAGGAAUGGACUCCAGGGGUGCUGGGCCAACCCCAUUUCCAGGGGAGCACAUGGCCAGUGAACCUCCUUCAGCCAACCCUGAUUACGCCUUCCAUGUCAUCUUCCUGGGAGACUCAAACGUGGGCAAAACAUCUUUCCUGCACCUGCUGCAUCAGAACUCAUUAGCUACUCAGCUGACGGCCACCGUAGGAGUGGAUUUUCGGGUCAAAAACCUGAUGGUGGACAACAAGUGCUUUGCGCUGCAGCUCUGGGACACGGCUGGCCAGGAGAGGUACCACAGCAUGACGCGGCAGCUGCUCCGCAAAGCUGACGGAGUGGUGCUCAUGUACGAUGUCACCUCCCAGGAGAGCUUUGCCCAUGUGCGCUACUGGCUGGACUGUCUCCAGGAUACAGUGUCCGAUGGGGUGGUCAUCCUUCUCCUGGGAAACAAGAUGGACUGUAAGGAGGAGCGGCAAGUGUCCACUGAGGCUGGGCAGCAACUGGCCCAGGAGCUGGGGGUCUCCUUUGGAGAGUGCAGUGCUGCCCUGGGUCACAACAUCCUGGAGCCCGUGGUGAAUCUGGCCCGGUCACUCAAGAUGCAAGAAGACCAACUAAAGGGCUCACUGGUGGAGGUGGCCCCCGAGAAGCCACCAAAGAGAGCUGGUUGCUGCUCCUGACCACCUGGCCUGUCCGGGGUAGAAUGGCCACUUCCCUGGGUUUCCUGUUCCCACCUGCCUGGACACAGCAGUGACAGAGAUGGCCAGCUUGGAAGUUCAGGAAAAUCCUCCUCAGGUCAGGACUUGGCUCCCAGGCAG